AUGCCAUCCGGAUCCACGACGCCGGUCCGCGUGCCAAAGGCCGCCUCGAACUACUCGCCCACGACCCAGGAUCCCGAGCUGCGGUCUCAGAUAAACAUGACGCUCCUGCGAGACGGGCAUAUUACCAAGAUCCACGAUACGCUCCUCCACGCCCUCCACGCCCACCCCGCGAACUGGCCUACCACCCUCCAAGCCCACGCCCUCUCCCUCCUCCGUUCUGGGAAAUACACCUCCUUCCCAGAGCUCAUGCGGCGCGUCCUGCAAGACAUCAAAGACGACACUCUCGCUCAAGAAGCAUUCGCCCAAAACGCCUCCGCAAGCACCAGCACCAACCCAACAGCCACCACGGCGAACUCAAGUAAAGCGAGCGGGAAAGUCAACGGAGUAAGCAACGUGAAGAGGAGGCCUGGGGAGGACGUACCUGGCUUCAGGGGAAGAGGCGAGGGAGGGGUCAGUCUGGCGCUGCCGAGGGUAGUGGUUGAGGAGGGGGUGAAGGUUACGAGGGAGUGUUUGGAGCUGGUGUGCGAGGUUCCCGAAUGA